AUGGGGUUAUCUCAAAAAUGGCUGUGCACGUUGCUUCUUAUAAUAAGUGUUGUGUUUCACAUGAGUGUAAUUACUCGUGGAGAUGAAAGACUCGAGACUGAAGGAUGGGGUCGUGACCCAUGUCGAUUUCGCCGAAGAGGGUGUGGGCGUUUUGGUGGUGGAAGAGGUGGAGGACUUGGUGGUGGUGGAGGAUUUGGUGGAGGCGGUGGAGGAGGGCUAGGUGGCGGUGGUGGGGUUGGAGGUGGUGGAGGGCUAGGUGGUGGUGGUGGGGUUGGAGGUGGUGGGGGUUCGGGCGGUGGAUUAGGUGGUGGAGGUGGCGGCGGAUUAGGUGGUGGAGGUGGAAGUGGGGGAGGUGGCGGUUUAGGUGGAGGUUCAGGUAAGGGUGGUGGAUUUGGAGCUGGAGGAGGAGUAGGUGGUGGUGCAGGAGGUGGUGGCAUUGGUGGAGGCGGUGGAGGAGGGAGUGGCGGAGGUGGUGGUUUAGGUGGAGGGUCAGGUAAGGGUGGUGGAUUUGGAGCUGGAGGUGGAGUAGGUGGUGGUGCAGGAGGUGGUGGCAUUGGUGGAGGCGGUGGAGGAGGGAGUGGCGGAGGUGGUGGUUUAGGUGGAGGGUCAGGUAAGGGUGGUGGAUUUGGAGCUGGAGGUGGAGUAGGUGGUGGUGCUGGAGGUGGUGGCAUUGGUGGAGGUGGUGGUGGAGGAAGCGGUGGAGGUGGUGGUUUAGGUGGAGGUGCAGGAAGUGGAGGUGGGUUUGGAGCUGGAGGGGGAGUAGGUGGUGGUGCAGGAGGUGGUGGCAUUGGUGGUGGUGGUGGUGGAGGUAGUGGUGGAGGUGGUGGUAUAGGAGGAGGUUCAGGAAGCGGGGGUGGAUUUGGAGCUGGUGGAGGCGUUGGUGGUGGUGCAGGAGGUGUAGGUGUCGGUGGCGGUGGUGGUGGAGGUAGCGGUGGAGGUGGUGGUCUAGGUGGAGGUUCUGGUCAUGGCGGAGGGUUUGGUGCCGGAGGUGGUGUAGGUGGUGGAGCUGCAGGAGGAGGCUUAGGGGGAGGUGGCGGUGGUGGUGCUGGGGGUGGUGGCGGCGGCGGCCUAGGUGGUGGAUCUGGGCUUGGUGGCGGUGGAGGUUUGGGAAGUGGAGGUGGACUUGGUGGAGGUCUUGGAAGUGGAGGUGGAGGUGGGCUUGGUGGUGGUCAUGGCGGUGGAGUGGGCAUAGGGGUAGGCAUUGGAGUUGGCGUAGGUGUGGGUGGUGGUAGUGGUGGCGGUGGUGGUGUCGGAACAGGUAGUGGCUUUGGAGGUGGUGGAAGAAAGUAA